AUGACUAACAUUUUUAUUCAACGUAUGUUCUCUAGAUUGGAAGAGAAGACAAAGAAUUUGCAGAUAGCAGAACGAAAUGCAAUGAUACAUGAAAAAUGCGCCUGUGAUUUGCAUUUGAAUCAGAUGAAGGAGCGAGUCGAUUUUGCAGAAGCAAUCAUAUCACGUGUCUUGUGCGUAUCGUGGAAAAGCCCUAUAGAGGGAAGCAUAUUUCUGCCGCAAACAUCGGCAGCAUACAUGCAAACACAGAGAAGAAUGAAUUUUAGCGAUAUUAUUCAUCAGGCAUUGCAGGAGGUUUUGUAUAUGUUUUCGAGAGGGGAGGAUCCUUUGAUAGACGUGUCAUCUGGCCGUGAAGACAGUCCGAAUAGUCAAGCGAGUCCUUUGUUAAGUUUUGUGGGGGCUUCUUCUUCUUAUCAAUUACCGAUGAUACCAAUACCAGACGACAACUCAUCAGAACCGAAAAGUUUUACUUAUUUAUUAAAUUGCUAUUCAUUAAUUGCAAUUGAAGAAAGAAAUCAUGGGAAGCAAUCCUGUCUACUUCUCCUCGAAAUUCUCUACGAAGUAGUGGCAAUUUUGAAAGCGCAAUGUGUUCAGUAUUCCAUCCUCGUUCUACAAGGGUUAAUCGGCAUGUACCAUGUACCUGCUGUCAUACCUGAUUGCACCACUUAUCUUUUCAAUCGGAUAUUAUCGCAGAACUUACCUCGGGGCUAUCUUCGCGAGCUCGUGGCUAGGACACACACGAAUCCGGAUAUGUUCGAUCAAAUUUUCGCUCCAGUCUUGUCUAAGCUGUAUUUCGCGAUAUACAAGGCGAGCUUAAACGGCAAUACGCCAAGAAGACCGAUGGACACGCUAGGCGAACUAAUAGAGAUUCGCAGUGGACCAAACAGCAAUAUACAUCCGAUUUGCCGUUUGAUAACGAAUAGUGUUCUUAAAUUCUUGCCUGAUGUUAUGACAUCAGCAGCCGGAAGAGAGCUCUCGAGAACUUCACUCCUGGGACCGUUUCUCUCGGCAUUGGUAUCUGCCGAAGUGCAACCGAGACUGCUGGAGAUAUUCUUCAUUAUUGACAAUCCGAAAAAAUCGAUGACUCUCGAGCUGCAGUCAGGGUUGGAGAAUACCAGAAUGUCGUUGCACAAGAUGUUUGAUACGAUACUCGCGAAUAGCAGUUGCCGCGAUGCCACUCUUGCAUACUUGGCGGCGUUGCUACGUCACAACGAUAAACGCGUGCAAAUACAGACGGAGGAUAAUUUCUCCUUGGCCGGAGAUGGAUUUAUGUUGAAUCUACUAUCGAUUUUGCAAAUGCUCUCUGUGAAUAUCAAGCUGGAUACUGUAGACCCGCUAUAUCCAUUUCAUCCUUCCAAUUUCAUCGAGAUAAAAAACGACACAAGAUUGAAACUCACUUCGCAAGAGGUUGCGGAAUGGCAGAAACAUUUGGACAGCACACAUAAAUGGACGGAACCGAAGUUUCCGACACAAUGUUGGUUCCUCACGCUGCAUUGUCAUCACAUCGCGCUGUUACCGGCGUUGCAAAACUAUCGGAGAAAAUUGUAUGACUCAGAGGGUUUACAAGAAAUGCUCGACGAACUGCAAGCUACAGAAUCUCAAUGGAAAGAUGGUCCUUUAGCGGAGCACAAUAAAGACUUGAUCGAACAAUGGAAGCAACAGUUGAAGCAACUGGUUACAUUCAAAUUAUGUGCAGAGAUAGGAUGGUCUCUGAUAGAGCCCAUCUUUUUGAGAAGAUGCUUAGGCUUUUAUAUAUCGGUCGCCGAAUUUUUGCUGAGUCUUCUAACGCAGACUGCUCUGAAUAAUUCUUUUCCCGAACUUCCGUUGCCUCAAGAAGUUAUGUGCAAAUUCACCGCAUUACCAGAAUGGUACGUGGAAGACAUAGUGGAAUUCUUGUUA